CAACUAGUAGUAAAGCCGGACCAGCUCAUAAAGCGUCGCGGCAAGCUCGGUCUGGUCGGCGUGAACAAGACAGCGUCCGAAGUCAGACGAUGGCUGGGCGAGCACAUGAACAAGUCACAGCAAGUCGGCGCGGCCACGGGCAAGCUGCGGCAUUUCAUAGUGGAGCCGUUCGUGCGGCACGAGCCGAACGAAGAGAUGUACCUCUGCAUCCAGUCGGGAAGGCGCUCCGAUACCAUCCUGUUCCACCACCAGGGUGGAGUCGACGUUGGUGACGUAGACGCCCUGGCUAUCAGGCUCGAGAUCCCCGUUGACACUUUUCCAUCUGGAGAAGACAUCGAACGCACUCUGCUGAAGAACGUCAAAGCCGCCAACAUCAAGAG